GAUUUGUCAAAACGAAAGAAAAACUUAAAGAUAAUUCGCAGUCGUGAAUUUUUUUGUAUUUUAAUUUGAUCUCUAAUAUAUUAUUGGAAAAAAUAUUUUAAAUCAAAAACGGAAAGAAAACAGGAAAACUUAAAAUAAUAUUUUAAAAGAUUUAAUGCCUAAAAAUAUUUAAAUUUGUGUGUUAAAAUUAUGUGAAAUUUUUUUUUUUGGAAAUUUCGAAUUCGUGUACAUUUAAAGCAAUUUGGUUGCACGUAUAUGGACGUAGCUAAAUACAAUAUAUAUAUCCAUAUGUAUGUAUAUCCAUAUAUACAUGUAUUAAUGAAUGAUGAAAUAAAGAAUUUUGCAAAAUUUCCUUUAUUUUGAAAAAUUAUUGAUUGUGUGGCUUCGCGGUUAAGCAAGUUGUAUAUGUUCUAUAUAUAUAUUUUAAUUAGAUUCAUCGAAAAUGAAAAGUUUGAUGAAAUAAUAAUUUUAAAAUUUUCUGCUAAAUAACAAUAAAUUGGUUUAGCUAUCUUCAAAAAUUAAAAAAAAAAUUGAAAUUUAUAUAUAUAUAUAUAUGUUCAUAUAAGUAAUAUGUAUGUAUGUAUAUAUGUAUGAAUAUAAAGCUUGAAAUAAAAAAAAAGUGAUUUAGUUAAAAAAGUCAAAAUUUAGCCAGUGUUUGUGCUUUUUUUACUUCAUUUUUAUUAUUUUUUUUUAUAUUUGCAUUUUUGAAUCAAGACAACACAAUCAUAAUAAGUGACCGCCCUAUGUGUGCGAAAAAAAAAUUAAUGUAGAAGAAAUCAUCUAUACUUACAUAUAUAUGUAUGUAUAACAAAAUUCAAGUUUUUCCUUGUGUGUCUCUCUGCCUUAUUUUCAAUGUAAAACAUUUCAAGGUUUUUCAGUCGAUUUUACCUUGAUAAAAAUUCAGUGUUACAAAUUUCUACUUACAAUUUCUGAACAAGAGGAAGAAAAAAAAGGAAUGUAUACUUACAUAUAAAUAUGUAGGUACCUCAAUGUAUUCAUACGUAUUUUACUCAUUUGUUUGAAGUUUAAGAUUUCAGUGUUUCAAAAAAAAAAAACAUUUUUAAAAUCAAAAAUCUAACUUGGAAUGAAUAACAAAUUUUCAGAAUCACAGAUAAUUAUUUAGAAUUAUAUAUAUGGAAUUCUCAUUUUAAGGUUAACUAAAUUGUGUCUCAAGCCUGGCCCAAUUGAUAUUCAACAAUAUGAUCUUCAAGUAAAUGUUCUUGAUCUAAAAUUUUUCUAUCACACAAACUUCUAUUCCUGGUUGCUAUAAAUUUUUGAUCCAAUUUAUUGAAUACAUUUUUGAAUUUGGCAACAUUAGUUUGAAUAAGCCAACAAAUAUUUAACUUUCAUCACGGAACAUCUUAUUCUGAAUGACUUUGCUUGGGCCUAGUGCCCCAGGAAUGGCCUUUAUGAUGAAAAAAAAAAAAUACAAAUUUAAUGUUGAAGUUUUAUUAGAGGAGUUAAUUGAAGUUGCUUUGGUAAAUGAAGUGUUAUUUGCUAAAAUACGUUUACUAGAUGGAGGGUCUUUUAAAGAAUAUAGCAAUAGGGAAGAAGUUAAAAAUCAUACAGUAAAAUGGGAUAAAAAGUUUGAUUUUUUAUGUAAAAUGUCUGCAAAUGCAUCCACGGGUGUCUUAGAUCCGUGUUUUUUACGUAUAUCAAUACGUAAGGAACUCAAAGGUGGACGCAGUUAUCACAAAUUAGGUUUUAUCGAUGUUAAUCUUGCUGAGUUUGCUGGUUCCGGUCUUCAAUCAAGACGUUUUUUACUGGAAGGUUAUGAUCAAAAUCAUCGUUUGGACAAUUCUAUGCUACGAAUUUCGAUCAAAUUGCAUAUGUUGAGCGGUGAUAUUUUAUUUAAGGCUCCUUCGCCAAGUUUAAAAAGUAAACAAAUUUCUUCACAAGAUGAUUUGGGUUCCGUUGUGAGUAGUAGUAGUGCAGGAGGGGUGACUGGUACAGGUGUCGGUAUAGUAACACCAGGCUCAAAUUCAUCCAUAUCACCACCGAGUAGCGCAAUACCAUCAAUAAUAGGUAUACCAAGUUCCGGGACUCAGUCAAUUCCAUGUACCUCACCUCAGUCUUUAGGAAUCAUUGCAACAAUGCCGGUUACUAAUAAAUCAAUUCUAACAAAAGAUGAUACCGUGACUAAUUUGCAAUCCUACAAUACGAAUACCACCACCUCGAUCCAAUCGCAAGCUUCAUCUGGUUUUGGUUCCUUACCUAAAAAGAAAUCCGAUUACUUUACAAAUGAUGUUGUUGAUCCAGCUCUGUUAGUACAAUCUAUUAUUACUGAUUCUGGUUUAUCAGAAUCAUCUGAUCCAAUAACAGUUGCUUCGGAAUCGUUACAGUCGUAUCCCCCACCAUCUUUAACCUCGUUAACUAACGCACAACAAGCUCUCCCAUCAGCUAAUAACGGAGGCAACGUUGGGAGUGCCAAUAUUUCCAAUACUAGUGUCAUGACAAGUAGUGGUGGUGUUAUCACGCAGGGACAAAAUAAUGCUGUUAUAGAAUUGGGUCAUUCAAGAAAUUCAAGCAAUACUAGUCAAAUGUCCAAGGGUUCAGGCUACAGCAGUUUUUCUCAUAGUCAACAUUCAAGACAAAGUUCGGAAGGUGACUCUGGUCAUGCGAGAUAUCAAAAAACGCUUUCAAUUCUCAGUAAAUUAAAUCGUAGGGUACAUAACGCUGUUAUGAAAUUAAAUAUCCCCUAUAUGCAUUACAACAAUAAGUAUAAUGGCAACGUUAUGCUUAAUAAAUUACAAUCAAAAUCAACUUCGGUUACAACUCAACAUAGUGAUAAGAUCUUAAUUAAAUAUGCAACAACGAAUUCGGUUACAUCUCCUGGUAUAAUUGAUUCUGAGGGUAAUAUAUACUUAACUCCAAAUUCAUCAAUGAUAUCAUCACCGACUACAACACAAGAUAAUUCACAUGAAGAUUUUUCUACACCAACAAGUGAAAUGCCUACACGAUUUUUGCAACAACUAUCACCCUCAUCGUUACCAACACCUAUGACAUAUAGCACACCAAAUCCACUACACCCGCCGAGCACAAAAAAUUUGCCAGGUCUCCUUGAAUAUUCUGGUGAUGAAGAUUCUGGUUUAGACGAAGAAAAUUUCCACACACCUAGAAUGUCUAAAAUAAAGUCAAUGGAAAGUUUAUCGGUAAUUGAAAUGACUACAAAAAGAAGUUCACCAACACAUUCAACGCAAUCAAGUUACCAUUAUUCACCGACGAAUAGAUUAAGUUUAAAUCAAAAAAGUUUUCAAGUUCCACGAAUUAAAUCUAUGAAUAAUUUGUUAAAUAAUAAACCAAAUAGUAAUAGUAUUAAUAAUAAUGUGAUGAUACAAAGUAAUGUCGAUAUGUUUAUCAGAAAGGAUGUUGAUAAAUACGGAAAUAAGAAUUUAGAUUGCUUACAACAAGAGACCAUUUUUAAACAUCCAAUGUUUUUACCACUAAAAACAACAUCUAGCGCACGUUUUACACAAAACAAAAUUGGUAAUGCAAAAUUUAUUGGCAAUGAUGAUAAUCUCGUGACAAUAAAUGUAACAAUAAAUCAUAAUAACAAAAAUAUGAUAAAUAAUACCACGAAUGAUAAUAAUGAAAAUGAUGAAAAUAAAAGUAACACAAAAACGACAAUUGCAACAACUGUGAUAAACAAAAAAUUAUAUCCUAUGGCCAAAAUGAAAUCAAUGGGUACAAUACCAGAUCUUGUAGCCGAAAGAGUUAAAUAUGAUCCCUUUUUAACACCAACAACUGGUAGAAAACACAUAACUGACUAUUUACCAUCUUUUAAUAACAACUUGCAAAGUGAUAAAGAUAAUAGUGAUGUAUUUAAUGAUUAUUGUUUUAAUUUAAAUAGUACAGCAAAUAGUCUCCAGAACUCACCGAUUCAAACUAAUCAUGAUGGAUAUACGAUGUUACGUGCACUUGAUUCGCACGAUACACGUAGUAAAAAAUUACAUCAGUAUCAUCAGCAAGAUCCCGAUAGAUUUUCUUUACAAGGCUUAUCAACUUUUGAAUCGACCCGAAUAUAUAGAAGAGGUUAUCAAAGUAUGAAAAGUAGUUCACGUAAUAUUGAUGCUAAUGGUGGAUGUGAUAAUGGUUCUAAUAAUAGAUUUAAUAAUGCGAAAGGGAGGGAUGGUAAUAAUUCAACCAAUUUAGGUUCACAUGGAACAAUUAUUGACAGUUCUUCACAAAUACGACAAGGAGAUGUUACAUAUAUCAGCUUUGUUACAGACGGAAGACCGAAAUCAACUAAUACAAUACAACACGAGCUAUUGAGAAGUGUAUCAGGUGUGCCAAGACGUCUACUUGAUGGUGCAAAUAAUCGACAAGUUAUAUCAAUAGCAACAGCACCACCUAUAUCUCCUAACGCCUCUUCAGCAACACUAGCAAGUUUAAAUAGUAAUUCGUCCUUUGGAACUCCAAGCGUUGGCAGUAAUGGCAUGACAAUUGGGUCUAAUAUUUCAACUGGUAAUAACAGUAACUGUAGUGUAACUCCGAGUAAUACACCGAUAAAUCAUGCAAAUACUACAAGCGUAAUAACAGUUUCCUGCACAUCCGCUUCACCAACUGAAAUGUUAAUUUCAUUAACCACUGGAAAUAGUAGCGUAAAUUCUACAAGUCCAACGGAUGCUGAUAGUGUUAAAUCGAAUCCGUUAUCAGCGUCUUCCAUGUUAACGAUAAAUACUGGCGGUGGAACCUCUAGAGGUUGUGGUAAUAAUAGUAGCAUAAUUAUUAAUUCACCAUAUUCGAGCGUGGGAAAUAAUACUAUUAGCGCAAGUAACAUGGGAAGUAGCAAUAUUUUAUCAUCAACAUCAACAACUUUAGGUGGAAGUGAUGACUAUACAAAUUGCCAAUCACUAUCGCCAUUGAGUUCAACACAAUCGGCACUCCGGCGUCCUAGUAUUACUAUGAAUCCAAGUUCAGGUUCUUUGGCGAUAAGUGAAACUGGAUCAUUAGAUCGAAUGAAAACUGCAGCUGAGAAACGGAAGAAAGCUGCACUUGAAGACAAUGCACCGCGUGUUUCUGAUCGUGUAGAAGAGACUAGAGUUAAUCCAGAUUCAUUAAUAGAUGAAAUAUUGAAAGAUACAAAAUUAGAUUUAGAUUUAGAAGGAUCUGCUGAAACAUCUGGUCUACAACUUUUUAUAGGAAGAGAUGGUACAGCUUCUCUAGGAACUCAAGAAGUUAAAUCACGUAUAUCUGGUGGGGCUUUUAAACAAGUGGUAAUGGAAACACCAAGAUAGUAGCGAGUUAGAUUAAAUUUAAGAUUUUUGCACUAUAUGUUAUAAGAUGGACAAGUAAAUACAUCUGUUUUUCUGAAAUAAAUCAAAAAAUAAGAAAAAAUAUAUAAUAUAGCAUUGAAAUUAAAAAAAAUAUUCCUUAAAUAAAAUAAAAAUUCGUAUCCAAAUUCAAAAGUAGAAUUACAACAUUAUUUUUGAUAAAAAUGUCACACAUUUGAAUUGCAAACUAAAUUUGCAGAACAAAAAAAAUGGGAAAAUAAUUUGUAAAAAAUUUUUAGAGUUAUUAAAUGACGGAAAGUUUAUCUUAACAAAAGUGUUUUGAUAACAAUUGAAAUUUAGGAAUUAUAUAAAAUAAUAAAUAAUAUAGUAAAUUGACAUGUAAAGUUAAAUCUGUGUUCAAACAAUACUGAGUAUGUAUUUGCUAUGUUGAUAUGGAAUAAGCAACGUCAAGAAACAGCACAAAUGAAAAAUAAUAAUUCUUGUUCGAAAAUUACAAUUCAAAUUUCAAAUAAAAAUUUCUUCGGUUUUUUGACUAAGUCAUGUGCGUUAUAAUUUUUGCAUUAUAUUAUAUCCUGUAUUUUUUAAUAAACUGUAGCUACAAUUUAAAAAAAAGGGAAGUACUAAAGCAGUACAGCGCUCUUAUAUUAACAUAUCGAAAAUCAAUAAUUAGGCUUUUAUUAAUACCAAAUUAUUAAUUGUGUAAAAUUAUUAGGAAAAAUAUAUAUUUACAUAAGUUAUAUGUAUUACACUAUGAUAUCGUACUAUAUAAUUAUUAUGUAUUAAUAAUCCAUAUAAACAUAUUUCAAUAAGUUGGUUACUAUAAUUAGAUUAGUUGAAGCGGUGCGGUUAGUUGAAGCAUAUAACAUGAGAAAAAUUAUACAUACAAAUUCAAAAUAGAAAUUUUGUUGCAAAUUACUUAUUAUUUAAAAAAGAAUUUUCUUUAAGAGCGUAAAAUUUUAUGCAACAUUCAAUAAAAAAUUGAAAACUGCCGAAAUUGUAGUUAUCUUGUAAAAAUACUACGGACGUAAUUUUAUGUUAUUAAUUGCAUACAAGUUAAAAAGUACAUAACUUUGAAAACAUUAUUUUCAUGUAUUUAUAUACAGAUUACAAAAUUAUUUAAUCAUAAAAUGAAACAAGAAAGGGACAUUCAAAGUAUAAAUUACACGAAAAAAAAAACAAAAUGUUAUAAAUUUUAAAAAAUAUUAACUCCACUUUUACAAUAAGUUAAGGGCUCAGAUAGAUAUUUAAUUUUUAGUUUUGCAACUGUUGGUUGCUUAUUUGUAUUUCACACGUUUAUAUUCAAACACAUGCACCUAUAUGGUCGCAUGAAAUUAGGCAAUCAAACAGUUUAUAAUUUUUUGCAAACUGAUUUCGAUUUUAGUUUAACGCAUUUGAUUUGAAUUUACGCAAUAGUUUAGUUUGUUAGAUAUGCGCGCAAGGAUUCUACAAUCAAGCAGUAAUUACAAAAUUGAAAAUUGCAUAUCUAUUGGAGCCCUAACAAAACUACUUCCACUUAUAUUUAGUUUUUAUGAGUCAUUAAUGUAAUGUUAUUUUUACAUAAUGUUGUGCAUAUUCUAAUUUAAAAUUUAUAAAGUUGGUAUGCUUCUGAAAUAUACCAACUUCAAAACUGGAAAAAUAAUAAGAGUCUUCACGUAACACUGCCGAUUAGUUCAGCAUUAGAACAUCAAAGAAUGUGUUAAAUUUGUGACAGAUAUUGUUGUUGUUUCAUGUAUAAAUUAUUCAUCGUUAUUUUUUCUUAACUAAAAUGUACUCGACCUAAAUGCCAGUGCACUAUUUGAAUAUUUGUUUGUGCAUAUAAUUUUAUUUUUUUAGGCAACUAAUUUGACAUUUUCAUAUGAAAAACGUUUUCAAGGUACAACGAAACAUUUCAAACCAGUCAAUAUUGCACUUAAAUUUUCCACUUGCUCACUCGUGUAAGAGAGUAUUUUUUAUAAAUUUAUUUUAUACCGAUGUUCAGUUACGUGAAAACCCCUAAUAUUUUCAAAAUGUACACAUUUCAUGUGGAAAUUGUACGCGUACGUCACACAAAUUUUUGAAUUAUCUUAAAUAACACGACGAAUCAUUACAUUUUAAAAAUUGGAAGAAUAAAACGAAUGAAAAUAUAAAUUUGAUUUUAUUUUUUUCAUUGGACCUAUGCGUCCUUUUAAUCCAAGUUACACUAUUUUCAUAGUUAUAGGUGAUAUGAACUAAAAAUAAUAUAAUCAGAAUUAAUAAAUGUUUCUUUUAUUUAAGUUUACAGAAAAAUGUAAAAUUGUUGUAGUUUAACUUUUUUUUAAAUCGGACUAAAAGCAAUAUACAAAAAUUUUGCAGACAAAAAUUAAAUUUAACUAAAAAUUUUUCAUUUAUAAAAAUAAACACAAUAAUUAUGAUUUAAAAUUAACAAUUUUUACUAUUUUCGUCAAUAAUAUUUUAUUUAUAUGCAUGUAUUAUUUUUUUAUUAUUUAGGUUUGAGUAUUACUUUAAUCAAUAUAUAUACAUAAAUGCAUAUGUAUAUACAUAUAUACUUUUGAAAUCUGUUGAUGUUUUUUCAUUUAUAAGCAAAACAAUUAACAAUAUGGAGAUAAACAUUUUUUAAAUAAGUUUAAUUUUAGUUAGGUUUUAUUUAAA